AUGUCCUUCUUAAGAGAUUUGAUAGAUUUUGCGCUUCCAGUAGCUUACGCUGAAGAGCCAGAAAACGAAGACGAAGUCGAAGAAUCUGCCAAGGUGGAAGAAGAAGAAGAAGCCGAAGCUGAAGAUCAAGAAGAAGCAGUUGAAGACGCAGAAGGCGACGACGAAGGAGAUGACGAAGAUGAAGACGAUGAAGACGAUGAAGAUGACGAAGACGAACUCAAAGAUCCAUUAGACACUUUACGUGAUGAAUGUCAAGAGACUUCUGCCUGUAAGCCAUACGUUCACCAUUUCCACGAAUGUAUUGAAAGAGUCACCAAGGAAAUGGAAGAGGAAGACUAUGAACUGAAACACUACAAGGAAGACUGUGUUGAAGAAUUCUUCCACUUACAACAUUGUAUUAACGACUGUGUUGCACCAAAGUUAUUCCACAAGUUAAAGUAA